AUGGGAGCUACCGAUAUUGCCUCGCGCCUUCGAGCCAAAUUUACGAAGCGAAGACACUCUACAGCGGGUUCUCAAGCAUCUUCGAACCAGAGCGUCACCGACACCUCAUCGUCGUUCGGAAGCCGUCAAGUCGGAGAUCGUGAUCGGGCUCGGUCUCGCCAAAAUGGAGAUGGAGAUCGUUCAUCCCGCGCUGUGAGUAAUUCAAGGGGCACCCUUAGUAGCCGACGUGGUAUGACAGCGACAACCGAUGAUUCGCAACGGCAACGAGAAGAUAGCGACGAGUUCGCAAAGGUCGAGGUUUCUCGCCGAGUAUCAGAAGCAGACGCAGAUACAGCAAACUCCAAUUCAAACUCGUCAGAAAAUACAUCCUCGGAGACAGAUGCUGAGGCGCCCGGAGCGGUUCCACCCGCUAAAGACCAUUCCACAGCGAGAGCUGCAGCACUGAAACAAUUGAACCCCCCUGGAGACCAGGCGGGCCUUGGCGAAGAGCCUGCUACAGCCGUCAUUAGCUCCAGCUCUAGCUCGAGUGACCAGCACCAGCCUCCGCCCAGUAACGAUCUGCAUCCGCCACAACCACAACCUCAAAUCAAUCCACCACCAUUGAUCUCCCCUUCACUACAUCCACAAGAACAGCCAUCACCAUCGCGGCCACGUCAGGCAAGCUCGAACCUCGACCGAAUUCACGAGGACGCACAGGACUCGGAUUCUGAAUCACCCACUGCGCGCCCCAGAGCUGUUACGAGCUUAGACUUGGAUGCUGCCCCCGUGCCUGCUGGAUACAAUGACGACGACCCGUUGAGUCCAGACCAAGCUCCCAAUUCCCCUAGAUCUGCCGCAUUUGCGCCUUUGGCAGCGGCUACCUCGACGACUUUUGUCGCUCCAUCUCCUGGUCUUCCGCCAUCAGGAGUUCUUUCGGGGCCUGAUUCUCCAACAGCGCGACCAGCCCCGCCCCCAAGACGACAGAGCUUGCUGUCGAACCGUCAGACGACAUUGAUCAACACGCUCCUUUCGAACCAAUCCACGCAUGAACCUAACAUAACACAACCUCACACAUACGCGCCCAUAAACGGAAAUAUGGUGACCCGUAAGAUCUGGGUCAAACGACCUCAUGCUUCACCAACUCUCGUUACUGUCAACGAAGACGACCUUGUUGACGACGUCCGUGACAUGAUUUUACGUAAAUACUCAAACUCCCUCGGUCGAAGCUUCGACUCUCCCGAUAUAAACAUCCGCAUUAUACCUCGAGACCAACAUUCAGAACGCAUUCUCAAUCCUGAGGAGCCCAUGGGCAGAACGCUAGACGCUUAUUACCCAGGCGGACAGACAGUUGAAGAAGCUCUUGUAAUCGAUAUCCCCCGACGUGCGCCAAAGGCUUCCCCACGCCCUGUCGUACCACCGUAUAUUGGAAAUCCCUACUACAGCGAAGAAGGUCGACCUACUGAAACAAGCGAUGGCUACUUUCCCUCGGUGGGGGUGGGUGCUUAUCCCGGCGCCGUUAACUCGCCACAUCUCCCGGUGGCAGUACCCGCGCACGGCAAUCCUCAAGGUCAGCACUCGAUCGCAGUGCUGGGGACUGGCCAUAUCCCUCCUAUCCCGUCGCCUGGUAGAUCACGCCCAUACCGAGACCGUCAGGAACGCCCUAGAUUAGGCCGUACCCACACAUCAUCACCAACUCUGAUAGCUAACAAUUCAUCCGUAUCUUUGGCUGCGGCUGCGGCUGCGGGUCAUGCGAGCCACGAUGCCCCUGGUAUGCCGCCUGCUGCCCCUCCCCUACCGACGCCGCCCGCACCAGAGCCGUCAAUUGUACAUGUCUCGACGCCACCUGUUAGGCCAUCUUCACCCAGACCCACAGCCAAAACCAAGAAGAGCAAAAAGUCUGAGCAUCCAAGCCUGCCGCCAGGCAUGCUCAACGGUGGUGUACCUCCCAUUAAUGUUCUCAUCGUCGAAGAUAACCCGAUCAACCUCAAGUUGCUCGAGGCUUUUGUCAAGCGCCUUAAAGUGCGAUGGUCAACUGCCAUGAACGGACGCGAUGCCGUGAAAAAGUGGAGGAGUGGCGGCUUUCAUUUGGUUUUGAUGGAUAUUCAGCUCCCAGUCAUGAACGGACUCGAUGCGACUCGCGAGAUCCGUAGGUUAGAACGAGUCAACUCUAUUGGUGUAUUUUCUUCGUCUCCUGAUGGCGAGAUAACGACAGAAAAUCCUGACGAGAUUGAUGAGAAAGAUCGCCUGGACAACACCUCUCUAUUUAAGAGCCCCGUAAUCAUCGUCGCUUUGACUGCUAGUUCAUUGCAGAGUGAUCGACAUGAAGCUUUAGCCGCGGGCUGCAACGACUUCUUGACCAAGCCUGUCAACUUCGUUUGGCUUGAACGCAAGGUCAUGGAAUGGGGCUGUAUGCAGGCUCUUAUUGACUUUGAUGGCUGGCGCAAGUGGAAGGAAAUUUCCCAAGAAACCGAGGAGAAUGAGGCGGCGAAGAAGGCAGCAGUUGCAGCAGCCAAGGCAAAGUCGAAAAAGAAUCGUCUUUCCAUGACUAAGCCUGGCUGA